CCUCUUCUGACUGCAGAGAACAUCUCCAAGCCAUGGCAGAACCAAAGUCUAUCCUAAAUGAACCCAUGCCCCUAGACAUGGAGAACCGAGACCCCAAUAAUUUGAAUGAACAUGUCAGGGUCUUGUUUGAGGACGCUUUUGCAGAGCCUGAGGGAAGCCACAGCAUUGAUGGGGUGUGGGGCAUGUCCUACAAGACAUACAACGGGGUGAAGGGCUGCUGCUACAUUGUGCUGUCUAUACUCUGUGGGUGCCCCUUGGCCUUCUGCUGGGCACUGACCUUUGCAUGUAACCAGUGCUGCCAUAUCUGGUUGGUGACACCAUGUUUACGCUUGUGGAAUAUGAAUGUUACCUGCAUGAAGCUGUUCUGGAGCUCUUGUAUACGCUGCUGUUACGACCCCUGUUACGAGUCUUGUGGCCUGUGCUUCAGUUUCAUUCGUGUAACAAACAAGAAUGGAUAGAACAUGCCUGUCCGCUUCUCAAGCAUCACAUCUGGGAUUUCAAGACCUUCCACACACUGAUAUUGCUAAGAUGUCCCCUAAAUACAUCCGGACAUCACUUUUCCUACCAACUAACAUUCACAGAGGGAAAUAAUGUAGGCAGAGCACCGCUGGUGUUUCUAACCAUAAAUUACUGGCCCCUCUUCUGUAUACUGACACAAUUAAUACUGUUUUUAUUUGCCACUUUUGCCACAAGGGGGCAGUCACUUGCCUGUAUUAUUGCUUUGUUCCAUCAUAAGAUGUAAAAUAAAAUUUAAAUUAUGUUA